AUGAACUACCUGAACCAGCAUAUUCCCAGCCUCCCGGGCGAGGCCGAGUUGGAUGCUGAGGGUAUUCCUUCGGAGUCCAGGGUGAAAGAGCUUGAAAAGCGGAUAGAAGCGCAACAGCGCCAGCAGGCGGAGCUGAUCAGCAGGUUGGCUCAGCAAGAGGCACACCAGCUCCAGCUUCAGAAGGAGCAGCUGAAAGCUCAGGUGCGGACAGACAUGCCAUCUUAUUCAUUGUCGAACGCGAUGAACUCAGCGGACAGCCUUCGGCGUGCAGUGGAAAAGUUUCGCAGCCAUUCUCACGCCAGAGACAGUCGCCCCCAGUCGGAAGAAAGCAGCCCUAGAAGCAACCUGCGGUCGACAUCCGAGGAGACCAUUGUCCUUCAAGGCGAUACUGGCAAUGUGGAGCCCGAUACUGCGUUCAUAAUACCAAAGUACAGACUGGAGAAGGACGUUAAAGCUCGAGUCAAAGGAGACAAGCGACAGACACAAGUGGCAGAGGUGAUAUCUGCAGAGGCCGAGUAUGAAGCAACAGAAGAUAUUGUGAAUCCUGAAGUCAGUGCUAAGAUUGGCCCGAUUCAAAUUGCCAUCCGAGCUUUUAUUUUUGUAGUUGUGCUGGCCAUAGGGAUUUGGGGCUUAGCAGAGAUCAUUCGACGAUAUUCAUGA